AUGGAAAACAUUAUUGAUUUUCCAGAAAAUACCAAGCUCCCAUGCUUCCUACCGGACAAAGAAACCGUGCACGUUCUGGUUGAGUCGUAUUUUACGAAUACACGGGGCUUGAUCGAAGUUUUUGACAAGUCAUCAUUUUGCGAAAGUAUCGAAAUCAUCUACGCUGAUCCCCUAUCGGCCAGCAGAUAUUCGACAUGUCACCUUUUCCUUGUACUCGCAUUGGGAAUGCUUCUUUCGGCCCCUCAGCCAGGCAGCCGGGAAGAGGAGAUCAUCAAGAAACUGUACGACGCAAAGCAGGAUAUGGCAGAACUCUUCUAUCGAAGUGCCAAGUCCAUGUGCGAUCCCGAGUACGGGUUCGAAGAUGCCGACUUUUGGUCUAUUCAAGCACUUUGCUUGAUGGCUGUUUACAUGCUCACGGUUUCCAAACGAAAUACUGCAUAUGCAUACUUGGGCAUGGCUGUGCGGUCUGCCUAUGCCUUAGGUCUCCAUCGAGAGGAGACAAUGCAUCCGCUUAUCUACCCAGAAUCGACGCAAAGAGAGGUGAGACGGAAUCUGUGGAAGACGUUGUUCAUCCUCGACCGGUUCCUUGCCGCGUCCCUGGGGAGACCCGUUGCCAUCGUCGAAGAGGAUUGCUCAUGCAAACUUACUACUAAUGAUGAUAUCGCCGACUUAUCAACCGUAGGGGAAAAUGGACCCGAGUCAUUGCACUUUGGAUGCCUCGAUGCCUGUGUUAAAUCAUGCCGUGUCAUUGGCGUAACACUCCGUGUGUUUUCAAAGCGAAAGAUCUCCACCUCGGUUGUCCAGGAUAUCGCGAACAUGGCCAAAUAUUGGAGGCGGCCCUCACUUGCAAACCUGACGCCGCAGCAAUCACGAGAAGGCCCGACAAGCCCGGAGCAGGGUAUAGCAGCUCUUCACGCCAAUCUCCUGUCAUUGCACUCUCUCAUUCUCCUGACCAGGCAAAUAUUCAUUAUGCACAACUGGAAACUCGACCAACAACGCUCUGGGAAGGCAAACCCACCCUUAAACCGAGAGUCUCAUAUGGCCAAGUUUUCCGAAGCCUGUGUUGUGGCAUCUUACCAGACUAUUCAAUUGAUACAACAUGCCAGAGAGGAUGAGUAUCUCCCACAAAGAAAUCCUUUCUUCAUCUAUUUCCUCUUCGCUGCGAGCCUCAUCGUCCUUAUGAAUCAGUUCACCUCACUCUACUACGCCGAUACAUAUAACAAGACUAUCACCGACGCGAUUUCAACCAUGAAAUACUGUGCAGAAAUUGACCCACAAGCAGAGAGGGUGCUCGAAAUAAUGGAAAACUUUGCACAAGUGGUUGAGACCUGGACUAAGGAUCAUUCGCAUGCCGCUCCAGUCCUCUCAGCGGACCUUAGCUGCCUUUAUACCAAAGCAUCCAGUUCUCGCAUGUCACGGGAGAAUGGUAGCUCAGCUCCGAGUGUCCCGAGUCCCGUGGACCCGGCAGGCUCAAGAAUAUGCAGCAUUUCACACCAGCCUCUUGUGCCUUCACCAUCCUUUUCGCGGCCACAGAAGGCUCCCAAUGUAUUUAUCCCGACCCCUUCAGCCACUGUCCCGGAAGUGGUAAUGAACGGAAUGUCUACAGUAUCAUCGACGACUCCACCUAUGGCACCUCCACUCGCCCUACGCCCUGCUCACGCCGCAUGUUUCAACAGCACCUGA